UCCCCAGCAACCGGCGAGCUCCACAAAGUCAAGAUGGAGGCCGUAGUAGAUUUACAGCGGUUUACUCAGAUUCGUCAGACAAUUAGUUUACACGUUAAAUUCAUGAAAGACGUUUUAUAAUUAGUUUAUACGCAUAUAAAAUUUAUAAUGGAGGAGUUGGAACAAUUAGAAAAGCUCUCGCUUGUAUCCAAGAUAUGUACAGAACUUGAGAAUCAUCUUGGUUUGAAUGAUAAAGAUCUUGCCGAGUUCAUCAUUAUGUUGGGUGAAACUAGUGGGACACUUGAGAAAUUUAAGAAUUCCCUGAAAAAGAAUGGAGCAGAGUUUCCUGACUCAUUUACAGCAAAUCUUUUGCGUCUUAUCCAGCAAAUGAGACCUUCAUCUGAAGCGAAAUCUGAUUCUAAAAAUGUUGAAGCAAUUGGUGACGAGGAGUUUGACGAAGAACAACUGAAGAAACGAAAACAAUUUAGCGGUCUUUGCCUUCCGGAUGAAAAGACCUUGAUUUCAGCAGAAGAUGUGAAAGUAAACAAUGACAAAGAUGAUGCUGUUGUGUCAAAAGCAAUGGGCGAGCUUGAAGCACUAAUGGCCAAGGCAAAAGAUGAUGAAAGUAGUUUAAAAAGUAAGAAAUCUGAGCGUAGGAAUAGUCGUAGUCCGAACAGAAGACGAUCACGAAGUAGAAGUAGAGAUCGCAGAAGACGAUCUCGCUCUCGAAGCCAUGAAAGAGAUCGAGACAGAAGAAGACAUAGAUCAAGAAGUAACGACAGAAGAGGUGGAGAUAGACAUGAUAGAAGGAGAAAUGGUGAUAGAUAUGGAAGGAGUGGUACAUCUCGUGUUGAGAAACCACUUCCUGAUAAGCCUACUAUUAACCACAUAUACAACGGCAGAGUGACGGGAAUUAUGCAGUUUGGUUGCUUUGCGCAACUCGAGGGUUUGCGAGGAAAACACGAGGGACUGGUUCAUAUAUCUGAGCUGCGCCAGGAAGGUCGCGUUGCCAAUGUUGCCGACGUUGUUAGUCGUGGACAGAAAGUGAAAAUCAAGGUUCUUUCAAUGGCCGGCACCAAAAUUAGUCUUAGCAUUAAGGAUGUUGAUCAAAGUACGGGAGAAGAUUUAAAUCCUACAAGAGUUAGAGCCAAUACAACCGGAGAAUCACCAGCGAUGACCAGGAACCCUGACAGACCUUCAGCUGCGUCGGUUCCAGUCUACGACGAAGACUCGGCCCGAAGCAAGAGAAAAGUACAGCGUGUUACAUCCCCUGAGAAGUGGGAGAUCAAACAGCUAAUAUCAGCUGGAGUCCUAGAUAAAUCUGAAUAUCCUGACUUCGAUGACGAAACUGGAGUGCUCCCUCAGGAAGGUGAAGGCUCUGAUGAGGAAAUUGAAAUUGAGCUUGUUGAAGAGGAGCCGCCAUUUCUAAAUGGACAAACAAAACUUAGUAUUGACAUGAGUCCUGUGAAAAUUGUUAAGAAUCCUGAUGGAUCUCUUCAAAGAGCAGCGAUGACUCAAACCGCUCUCGCCAAAGAAAGACGCGAAUUAAAACAAGCUCAACGAGAAGAGCAAGCAAAUUCUGUUCCCAAAGAUCUUAAUAAACUUUGGGUUGAUCCCGUUCCUUCAGGCGGGGAGGAGAGACCUCAAUUUGCUCAGGAAGUGAAGGGAAUGGGAUUGUCUGCGAAAGACGACAUGCCAGAAUGGAGAAAAGCAUCGUUUGGUGGAAAGAAAGUUUCAUAUGGAAAGAAAACAAACUUAUCAAUUUUAGAACAACGACAGAGUUUGCCAAUUUAUAAACUUAGAGAUGAGUUGGUGAAGGCUGUUCAUGAUAACCAACUUUUAAUUGUCAUCGGAGAGACCGGAAGUGGCAAGACAACCCAAAUUACUCAAUACGUCGCCGAAGCUGGUCUAGCAUCCGUUGGAAAAAUUGGGUGUACUCAACCACGUCGUGUGGCUGCCAUGUCCGUCGCAAAAAGAGUAUCUGAAGAAUUUGGCUGUCGUUUAGGUCAAGAAGUUGGCUAUACAAUUCGUUUUGAAGAUUGUACAACACCUGAAACUAAGAUCAAAUACAUGACUGAAGGAAUGUUACUUCGAGAGUGUUUGAUUGAUCCUGACCUUUCGCAGUACUCCAUGAUCAUGUUGGAUGAAGCUCAUGAAAGAACCAUUCAUACCGAUGUUUUGUUUGGUCUGAUGAAGAAGGCCGUGAAAAAGAGACCUGACCUGAAAUUGAUUGUGACGUCAGCAACGCUUGAUGCCGUCAAGUUCUCGACCUAUUUCUUUGAGGCACCCAUCUUUACCAUACCUGGUCGCACUUUUCCCGUCGAGAUUUUGUACACGAAAGAAGCUGAGACUGAUUAUCUUGAUGCAGCUUUGGUCACAGUCAUGCAAAUUCAUUUGACUGAACCACCAGGGGAUAUUCUGGUGUUUUUGACAGGUCAAGAAGAAAUUGAUACUUCAUGUGAGAUUUUGUACGAACGAAUGAAAUCACUUGGACCCGAGGUUCCAGAACUGAUAAUUCUUCCAGUUUACAGUGCAUUACCCAGUGAAAUGCAAACUAGAAUCUUUGAGCCUGCUCCGCCGGGAAGUAGAAAGGUUGUAAUUGCAACAAAUAUCGCAGAAACAUCUCUCACAAUUGAUGGUAUUUAUUAUGUUGUUGAUCCUGGUUUUGUCAAACAGAAAGUAUACAACUCCAAAAGUGGAAUGGACGCCUUAGUUGUCACACCAAUUUCACAAGCUCAGGCGAAGCAGAGGUCUGGACGUGCCGGACGAACAGGGCCUGGAAAAUGCUAUAGACUUUACACUGAACGAGCUUAUCGCGAUGAAAUGUUACAGACAGCUGUGCCUGAAAUCCAACGGACCAACCUGACAAGUACUAUACUGUCUUUAAAAGCCAUGGGAAUAAACGACUUGUUGGCUUUUGAUUUUAUGGAUCCGCCACCUAUGGAGACGAUGAUUACUGCGAUGGAACAGCUUCAUUCCUUAGGCUCGUUAGAUGACGAGGGUCUUUUAACACGUCUUGGUCGAAGAAUGGCCGAAUUCCCUCUCGAACCACCUUUAUCGAAAAUGUUGAUUCAAUCUGUUCAUCUUGGCUGUAGUGACGAAAUCCUCACCAUUGUAUCAAUGUUGUCGGUUCAAAAUGUCUUUUACAGACCCAAAGAAAAACAAGCUCUUGCUGACCAAAAGAAAGCGAAGUUUCAUCAAGCUGAAGGAGAUCAUAUCACGUUACUGGCCGUGUAUAAUUCAUGGAAGAACAAUAAGUUUUCAAAUCCUUGGUGCUUCGAAAAUUUUAUUCAAGCUAGAUCAUUGAGAAGGGCCCAGGAUAUACGAAAACAGAUGCUUGGAAUAAUGGACAGGCAUAAACUGGACAUUGUUUCUUGUGGAAAAAACGUCGCCCGCGUGCAAAAAGCAAUAUGCAGCGGUUUUUUCCGGAAUGCAGCUCGAAAGGAUCCACAGGAGGGCUAUAGAACAUUGGUGGACAAUCAAGUUGUGUAUAUCCAUCCAUCAAGUGCGCUUUUUAAUCGCCAACCUGAUUGGGUGAUCUACCAUGAACUAGUACUUACUACCAAAGAGUAUAUGCGAGAAUGCACAGCGAUUGAUCCCAAAUGGUUAGUGGAGUUCGCACCAUCUUUUUUUAAAGUUGCAGAUCCUACGAAGCUCAGCAAACGAAAGAGACAAGAACGGUUGGAGCCGUUGUAUAACAGAUAUGAAGAGCCCAACGCAUGGAGAAUUUCAAGAGCUUUUCGAAGACGAUAACUGUUGUGGCUAUUGUAUUUUUACCCACUUGACAAACAAGAUAUUUCUGGAAAGCUCAUUUAUUGUAUCUUGUGGUCAUAUUUUUAUUCUUUUAAAACUUUCAUGGAACUACUGGUUAUAUGCGUGUCCAAAAGCUACCCCUCCCCGUCCAAAUGACAUUGUUUAUAGACAAAAAUUCUUAAAAAUAAUUUGCAAUAAAAAUUUUGUUAUUUACUGAGAAUGUCUCAGCAAAA